AUGGUCAGAAUAGUUUUACUUUUGGCUAACAAAGUAGAAAGUAGCAUUUUAGGGAGCCCGGCCAGCAAGAUAGGGCCGUCCACUUUGCUGCACCCCAUCUUCCAGCUGUUGGCCCCAGCCCAGCUCCCGAGCAGCCUUUCAGCUUGGCCCAGGCUCUAUGUUCGAGAGCCGCCAAAUAGCAAGCUUGAUUGGCUUAAAGGUGGACUAACCUUGGGCACCAGAGCCUUCCCGUGGAUCUAUCUCAUCAAACAAUACAAUGAAGAUGUUUUAGUGUAUAAAAGAAGAAAUGGGUUGGAAUAAACUAUUGAAAUACCAACAUAGUAUGCUCCAUAUAGCAAUUACAGAGUUCCUCUGGAUUCACCAAUCUUUUGAUUGUAAAUGAGAGAGACAAAGUUAUAUGCGUCUGGG